AUGGCAUCCAAUAUCCUUCAGAUCCCCUUUCGACGCUCCCACUCCGUCUCCUUGUCGGAUGCCAUCACCCAGUAUAUCUCGUCCAAAUAUGAUCAGCGACCUGAUAUGUUUGCGGACGAUCUGUUGAUAAUUGACCGUCUUCGCAAUGAAGCGAUCAACGUACAGGAACCCCAUCCGGACCUAGAAUGCGAGCCGACAGUAAUGGCUGACACUAGCCCGGGGAACAAUAGAUCGGCGUGGAAUUUCCGUGGUAUCCUGCAUUUGGAUUCAAUACGUCCAGACCCAAACAACAUCCGGUUCGAGCUAGCGAACAUCCUUUUUAAUCUGACAGCAUUAUACUCGCAAUUGGCGUUUUCGGUCAACCGCACGACCACGAAUGGACUCAAGCAGGCCUGCAAUUACCUCUGCCAGGCGGCGGGGGUGUUGGUGCAUCUGCGCACCGAUAUUCUGCCUGAUCUUCGCACGUCACCUCCAGAGGAUAUGGAUGAGAUGACCCUACUUAGCUUGGAACAGCUUCUCCUGGCCCAGGGACAGGAGUGCUUCUGGCAGAAAGCCGUCAAGGACGGGCUGAAGGAUGCGUCAAUCGCUAGGUUGGCAGCCAAGGUGUCUGAUUUCUACGCAAAAGCGGGCGACGACGCGGUCAAGUCGAACGCCAUCAGCCCUGAAUGGAUCCACCACAUGACGGCCAAGCAUCAUCAUUUCGCGGCAGCCGCACAGUAUCGGCAGUCACUGGACUGCCUGGAGAAGCGCAAGUAUGGCGAGGAGGUGGCGCGUCUCAGAGACAGCGAGGCGUGUGUAAACGAGGCGUUGAAGGAGGCGCGGUGGAUUAACCGCACGGUGCUGGGGGAUCUCCAGGGACUGAAGAGCCGGGUGACGGAGGACUUGAAGCGCGCGGAGAAGGACAACGAUGUGAUCUACCUCAGUCCGGUGCCCCCCAAGUCAGAACUUAAGAUGAUUGACCGGGCAAGCAUGGUUGCAGCUCGGGCACCGUCGCAAGUGACGGACGCGAUCUCUAUGCUUGGGGAUAAUGGGCCGCUGGGUCAGCCGUUGUUUUCGAAACUGGUGCCAUAUGCAGUGCACAUUGCGGCCAGCAUCUACUCAGACCGUCGCGACCGAAUGGUAAAUGAGACUAUCAUAGGCGAGCUGGAGACCAUGACGGACAAAUUGCGGGAAUUGCUCUCGUCUUUGAACCUCCCAGGCUCUCUACAGGCGCUGGAGAAGCCACUUGGCUUACCGCCGACGUUAGUAUCCCACGCGGAAGAGAUGCGCCAGCAAGACGGACUGUAUCGAUUACGUCGAUCUCUGGAAGACACAUCCAAGGUGAAGACCAAUGACAAGUCUGUAUAUAGCGAGGGAGUGGAACUUUUGGCGGCCGAGAAAGCAGAGGAUGAUGUGUCACGCCGGAAGUAUGGGACCGACCGGUGGACCAGAGAAUCGUCGGAGGCAGCGGCCCCGAAGCUGUAUACGACGUCGCGCGAGAUCGAUGGGUACUUUACGUCAGCGCAGAGCAGUGACAACCUGGUGGAGCAAAAGUUGCGAGACUCAGAGGCGGUGUUUCGCGUUCUGACAGGCACCAAUCGAGACCUGGAGAUGUACGUGCCUAGUAGCCGGAGGGCGGCUAUCCCGGCGGAAGUCGAGCAGGAGGCGAUUCGGCUGCGGGGAUGCUUGAGCGAGGUCAGCCGACUGGAGCACCGGAGAAAGCGGCGGGCGCAAGCCCUGAAAGACAAGGCUCGAGCGGACGAUAUCAGCGAGGCUCUUCUUAAGGAAGCCGCUCGUUUGGAGAGAGAAUUCCCCAUGCAGGCCAUUCAAGCGAGUCAGUUUGAGGAUCUGUUUGAGCAGCAGUUGCAUCUGUACGAUACCGAUCUCGAGAUGGUAACGCAGGAGCAGCAUGACCAGGACCAGAUCGCGGCGCAGGUGCGGGAAGCCAACCGGGCGUUUACGCGCGCGCACAGGGGCGAUGCGUCUACCAAGGAGCGGGAGAAGGCCCUGCAGGAGCUAGAGAAUGGGUACAUGAAAUACAAGGAGAUCAUUUCCAACAUCGAGGUGGGACGGAAGUUCUACAAUGAUUUGGCCAAGAUCGUGGGUCGAUUCCGGGAUGACUGUAAAUCGUUUGUGCAUCAAAGACGGAUGGAGGCCAGCCAAAUGGAGUCGGAUAUUACUAGUGCGGCGGCCAUGGCAUCACUCAACCUUGCCCAACCGCUGCGGACGUACGCGCCCAGCGCAAGCACAUCGCCGCCACGAUCGGAGCCGUUGACGGCGCCGCAGCCGACGCGGGCGAACGCGAUGGCACCGGGGGUGUGGUCUCCUGAGAUGGGGAUUCGGUUUGGGGCUGGACAGGCUGCAUCUGGACCGGGAGUUGGAUCUGGACCUGGAUCUGGGCCUGGGAUAUGGGACCCUAGCAAGGGGGUGAAGUUUUCCUAG